UUCUACUCACGAAAAGAAGAGCCGUCUGAAUUAAAAAAGAUUAUCUUUGGGUUCAAAACGUCAAUUUUGUUUUCUCUUCCGCUACGUAUCCUUGAAAUUUAUGUCACGAUAUGGAAAGCAUAACACAGCACUACAAACCAUAGGAAUGUCAUUUUAUAACAUGCCAUAUGAGUCUUUGUUAGUAUCUAAAAAGCAGGAUUCAAUCUUUGUAGAUAUCUUUCUUUCAAUCUGCACUCACUGAUCGUCAUCUCUAUUUUUGUUGUUAUCUUUGUUUUCCUCCCUCUAUUUAGUGCUAAUCCUUUAUUUGACUUUCACCAAGAGUUUUUUUUCUUCUCUCUGCAAAGAGGUUACCUUCAAAAACAAAAAACAAAAAUGGUGGCAGUCGAUGCUGGUGAAGUUCAGACACAAUUCGAGCUUAAAUACGAUCGAGCUAGCGAAAUCAAGGCUUUCGACGAGACGAAAACCGGCGUCAAAGGGCUCGUAGAUUCCGGGAUUUCGGAGGUUCCCCGAAUAUUCCACCAGCCACUGGAUAUCGUCGGGGAAAGCUAUGUUCCAAGUGCCACCCAGUUUAGCAUCCCUGUUAUAGAUCUUCAAGGAGUAAAGGAGGAUCCCAGUACUCACACGGAGAUUGUUAAACAAGUACUUAAUGCAUCACAAGAAUGGGGCUUUUUCCAAAUCAUUAACCAUGGAAUUCCACUGAGUGUUCUGGAGGAGAUGAAGGUUCGUGUACGUCGAUUUUACGAGCUAGAUAAUGAGCUCAAAAAACAGUUCUACACUCGCGAUACUUCAAAAAAAGUGGUCUAUAAUUGCAAUUUCGAUCUCCAUACUGCCCCAGCAGCUAACUGGAGAGACACUGUUUAUUUUGACAUUGCUCCUGAUCCUCCUAAGCCUGAAGAAUUGCCUGAACCAUUCAGGGAUAUGAUGGUGGAGUACACGGACCGGAUGAUGAAUUUGGGUCGUUUGCUGUUUGAGUUAAUUUCAGAAGCUCUGGGGUUGAACCCUGAUCAUCUGGUGAAGAUAGAUUGUGCAAAGGGUCUCGGUCAUCUCUGCCACUACUAUCCGGCAUGUCCGCAACCGGAGUUGACAAUUGGGACAAGCAAGCACACCGACAGUUGCUUCCUCACUGUGCUUCUACAAGACCAUAUUGGUGGUCUCCAAGUUCUUUAUGGAAAUCAAUGGAUUGAUGUACCACCAGUCCCUGAGGCUUUAGUAGUUAACAUUGGAGAUCUUUUACAGCUUAUAUCAAAUGACAGACUUGUAAGUGUCGAGCAUAGGGUGCUCGCGAAUUCGAUUGGACCUAGAGUAUCGGUGGCGAGCUUUUUCAUCACGUAUUUUAAUCCGAACCCGAGAUUGUAUGCACCUAUUAAGGAUUUGUUAUCCGAAGAUAAUCCUCCAAAAUACAGGGAAACUACUGUGGUAGAGUACAUGAGUCACUUCCAACAGAAAGGCCUUGAUGGAAAGUCUGCACUGCUGCAUUUCAAGAUAUGAACCAAUUCCCUCAAACACCAAUAAAAUGAAGCAUUGGUCUUUCCAUGUAUAACUAGAAUUCGAAAUGUAUGCGUGUAUGUAUGUAUGUAUGUAUUCUUUGUAAACAAAAGUAUUGUUGACUAUUGAAUAUGCCGUUUGCUGCUAUGGCCAUUGAAA